CACAAAACCUUCUUCUACUACCCAUGUAUUUAUGUAGGGUUGGUGUAAUUUGAAGUCUUUACAUACUAAAAGAGGUACAAAUAUCCCCCAAACGCAGGGUGCUUUGUGCCUACUGUUGGACUCGGAAUCGCUGAAUCCCUGCACAUCAUGAUCUUGUUGCUGCUUCUAGUUGCCAGUCUUGGUGUGGGCCUUGCUUAUGUUGAAAAUCAUGAAGUGGAGUAUGGAAACAGAUUCAGGAUGAGGGUGUCAAGAAGGGUUCACUUUAUCGAGUUCAUCCCCAAGAACAAAUCGGAAGGGACGAUCUUGUGGAACCGUGACGAAGCUCCGCCCAGAGAGGGCAGUAGAUGGAAGAUGAUUGGGACCUUAUAUACCAUCAAUUCUUUAGCCCAAAAAGACAGUGGCCGCUACAUAUUCAAAGACAACUAUGGAGAAUUGAUGCAUGCGAAGAUCAUUGGCGUAAAAGAGGUCACAAAGAGCUAUACCCUGGAGACUAAUGAAGUCCUGAACAUCACUUUUGAUCUGGAACCGCACUCCUGCAACAUUUACUUCUUCUCUGGUGAAAACAGUAAGACUGCGAUAGUCCUUAAAGGCAGGCUGCAGCAUGAUUCGAAACAAGUGGAUUGCGUGGGGUUUGAGCUUUUAAAGCCAUGUGGGAUUGUACACAAGGCCAUCCAAAAGACAUGCAUCGGACGGUUUGAAGUCAGAGAUGAUAAUGAUGACAAAGCCUUGGUAGUGUUCCUGGAAAUGGAAGAGCCACAGUUCAGUCCGACUUACCUCGGUAUUGGUGGUGGUGCGUUGUUUGUCACACUGUGCUGGUGUUGCUGCAAGCACUGCUGUUGUGGUGAGAGCUCCUCAGCAAAGGACAACUCAGAAGCAGCUGAGGAGAAUGAUAGCGAGCCUGCUGUGUAUUACCAUGAGUUUGAGCCUGUGGGACCGGGACCAAACCAGCGCUGUGAACUCUCUAAUCCACCCAACACUGAUGAGGCUCCUGAUGCUCCAGUUGGCCCACUGAUACACAGUUCUGCUGCUAUGGAUGCUCCACCUGCUUAUUGUGAGGUUACACCGCUGGCGAAGCAGGAAGAGGCUCCAACCAUCACUCCCAACUCUGACGCUGAGCCACGGUUUGAAUUGAAGGGGACAGUUUUCAAUUCUGGUGCCCCACUCAGCUCAUCCUCAACGUACUGUGAUGUUUAUACCUCAGAAAAAAUCAACUUCCUCUGAAAACCUUGAUUUUGAACCGUGUUCUUUAGUGUGGCGGUGAAGGGAUAGUUUGACAUUUCAGGGAAUAUGAGUGUCUGACAUCAUUUUUGAGCCAAGAAAAAAUGUUUUCAAACCACUGGUAAAUUUACAAAUUUAUGUUUCUACAGUUAGUUUUUUAUGGAUAAAAAACUUUAGAACCAAAAACAUUUUGAAGCUUGUGUCUUCAGUGCUGCCUGCUGUAGUUCCAUAUUUAUCAAGGAGAAAGAAAAUGUGUAUUUUUAGGUCUUCCUCUGUCUUUUUGUUUUUUUAUGCUGUGAUUUUUAAGGGAUACUGCACAUUAGUAAACACUACUGUAAAUACAUUUUUCUGUUCUCUAUAGUUCAGUCAGGAAUACAUUAUGCAUUACAGACCACUCUGAAUGUGAUAUUUUUCAGGGAAGAUAUAUGUAGUAGACACGUCAUUAUUGGGUCCUUAAAAAUCAGCUCAUCUCUUUGGUGUUUACAUUCACUGGUUGCAAAAACUUUAAAAACUGACGUUUUACAGUUAAGUGUGGAAUCUGAGACAGAUUAACUUAAAUAAGGGAAAUAUUUUUAGCUUCUGAGACACUUACAUUCACAGUUAGUAUGAAAUGUGAGACUGCUAAUGAAGACGCUUAUUUUAGACUUUUUUGCUAUUGCUGCUUGUAUGAAGAUUUCACGUCUUAGUCUUUAUCAUAUCUGUAACAUUUAUUUACAAGUGCAAUACCCCUUCAUCCUGUGAAAGUACUGUCGAUUGUGUGAAUUAGAGCUAUAUUUGGGGCUUAAUUAUACAUAUGUUAUUUAAGCACUUUCUGAGAAGACUAUAUGCUCUAAAACCUUUAAAAAAAAACCUUAUGCACAUAUCAGCGUGUAUUUAGACUGUUACAUAUAGCUUUAAUCUGUUACAUUAAAG